GUCGCGCGAGCGCACAGUGAUGCGUGUGUGCUGGCUCGUGGGGAAAGAGCAAUGCACUCAGCGAGUGAAACUGCCCCACUUGGAAGCCGUGGUGAUUGGGCGUGGCCCAGAGACUGGGAUAACGGAUAAGAAGUGUUCACGGCAGCAAGUUCAGUUAAAAGCAGACUGUAACAAAGGGUAUGUCACAGUUAAACAGAUAGGGGUCAACCCAACUAGUGUUGAUCUUGUGAAUAUUGGCAAGGAUGAAGUGGUGAAAAUGAAGCCAGGCCAAAUUCUGCAUAUUGUGAAUAACCUUUACCCUUACACGGUGCAAUUUGCUGAAGAGUCUGGGAAAACUGUUCCAAAAGUAGAAAAAAUGCUACAGGAGGACACUUGUGGGAAUGAUGAUAUGGAGCCUGUGCCCAGGAAAACAAUGAAGUUGGAGGUGGUGGAUACACAAGGCAGUUCUAUAAAUCCCAAGCUAAGCAAUACCAGUGUAUCUACACACGAAGGAGCUUCAAGCAAAAAGGAACAUUUAGGACACUGGAGUCAGGGUCUAAAGAGCUCCAUGCAAGAUCCAAAAAUGCAGGUUUACAAAGAUGAAAAGACUGUAGUCAUCAAGGAUAAAUAUCCCAAAGCUCGUUACCACUGGCUUAUCUUACCAUGGGACCCCAUUUCAAGCCUGAAGUCAGUCACCAGGGACCACCUUGAACUCCUGGAACAUAUGCAUGCUGUUGGGCAAAAAAUGAUCGAACAGUGCCCUGCCAGAGAGAGCCUGGAGUUCAGACUGGGUUACCAUGCCAUCCCCAGCAUGAGUCAGCUACAUUUGCAUGUAAUCAGCCAGGAUUUUGAUUCUCCGGCCCUCAAAACCAAAAAACACUGGAAUUCUUUUACUACAGAGUACUUCUUAAACUCCCAAGAUGUGAUAGAGAUGGUACGAAGCAAGGGGAAAGUGGUGGUGAAAGACCAUACCUCUGAACUUCUCAAACUUCCCCUCAGAUGCCAUCGCUGUAAACAGCAGCUGUCCACAAUCCCACAGUUAAAGGAACAUCUUAGGAAACAUUGGCCAAAAUGAUUUUUCAAAAAAUCAUCUUUCAAUCUGCCUUCAGAUUUCAAGCCAACACAAAGACCACAAAAUGUUAACAGAAAUUAAUGUUUAUUAACUAGAAUGACAAAUGUAAUGUGGGGAAAAGUAGCCUAGAAACAGCAGCGUACUAAUUUAGUAAUAGCUUCAACAAAAACCCAAGCCCUCUUCUUCUUUUUUACUAAAAAUACAAAUAAAGUGACUUCUGAAAUUGAA